AUGAAAACAGCUUCAACGGCUCUAAAUAUACUUUAUUAUCAACUUUACAAUGAAAAAACUGAAUAUUUUGGACCAGCAAUUAUGGAAUUCAACCAAUCUGAUAUUGUUCAAAAACUUUCAAAAGAAAUAGAAUUUAUAUCAUAUUUUAUCAAAGUCAAUUUAUUUUUAAUUGUCAUAUCAAGUAUUGGAACUACAUCAAAUAGUGGCUUUACUUCUUCACUUCUAAUUAAAUUUGAAAAUGAUCGAUGUCUUGUUGUACAAAAAGUUUUGGAAGAUAAAGCUUUAUUAGAGUUUUACAUUGGUAACAAACUAAAAGCUCAUUUUGAAAAUGAAUCGCCAAUUACAGUUUGGAAACAAACAGGAAUUCUAAAAAAUUAUAAUGAAUCAGAAAUUGAAUUUUGGAGUAAAUCAAACAAUCCGAAAACAGAUAUAGCCAAUAUAAAACAAUUAUAUAUGGAUGGCUUACUAGAUCUUGGUCAAAAACAACCAAUUUUAAUUGAUAUAGGCAAUGAAGAAACUUUCUGGAAUAGUUUUCGUACAGCAUGGAGUAGAAGAACAACAUGUCGAAGGCCACAUGCAUCCUCCAUAAGAACAUAUGGAACCCAACAACACA